CUGGGAUGAAGGGGUCACCGAAUAUGCUAAAGACAUGUGGAAUAUACUAGAUUUCAUCACCAACGCUCUCUAUCUAGCCACAGUUGCAUUACGAACAUGUGCUUAUUUCAUGGUGCAAGCGGAGAAGCAGAAUGGCAGCUACGACCUGGCGUUUGCUCCGAGGAAGGACUGGGACGCCUACGACCCGACCCUCAUCUCCGAGGGUCUCUUCGCCGCAGCCAACAUCUUCAGCUCCCUCAAACUCGUCCACAUUUUUACCGUCAACCCUUACCUAGGUCCGUUGCAGAUAUCUCUCGGUCGGAUGGUCUUCGACAUCAUGAAGUUCGCACCUGCAUCUACUCUCGCUGUCGUGUUUGCCUUCGCUGCGGACUGACGCAGCU